UUUAGAAAGCUGCUCUAAACCCGUGUGAAAGAAACAAGACUGCAUCAUGCUGAAGUGUUUGAACAUCCUGAAGAUCAUGCAGCUCCUGCUCUUUCUGCUCAUAUGGUGUCAAGCAGCAGAGACUUUAACAGAUCAACUAACAGAUUUGGGUCUAAAUGUGUCUAUAAACUGUGAUCUUGAUGAACAGGAGGUUAACUGGUUAUUACUGAAACUACCAGAUCCUCCAGUGAUGAUAUUACUCUCUUCUACAACUUCAGCUACUUUUUACUAUGCUAAAACAUUUAAACACAAAUAUUCAGUGCAGGGUAAACAUCAUCUGUUCAUAAAUAAUGUCACUCUUGAUGAUUUAGGACUUUAUUACUGUGUGACCUCAAGUCCACCUCCAAAAUACAACAACGGCACCAGACUGUACAUCGCUGAACUAACUCUGAAUCUAGAGAACAAGAAUCAUACAGUGGUGAAGUAUAUUAAUCAGAGUCAGACACACUGGCUGCUUUUCCUCAUCUCUGCUUUCAUCAACGCUCUUCUGAUCAUUGUGAUCAUAGGACUAUUAAAGCUUCUUGUUGAUGGAAGGAACAGAGACAACCUGAAAACAUUUAAAGAUACAAAUCUUCACUUUCUGGAUUUCGAACAAUCUCAAGACUCAAGCCAAACACGGAUACGUUACACGAAAAUAUGAAGUAUGUACAGUAUAUAAACACAUCUCAUGCACAUCUCAUCCAUGUUUAAGUAUAAAGCUUAUGUAUAUGUGCUGAUACUGCUUUUAUACACCAGUGUAUGCGCUGUUUAGGGGCAUUUCAAUAUAUAUACGAACAUAAUACCUAAUUAUGCAUGAGAGACUGUAUUUGUCCUAAUCACAUAGUUCUAGAUUCAGGAACAAUGAAAUAAUGUGAUAUUCAUGCUUUCUGCAAGACUUGUUCUGUGCUUUUCUCAUCGCUCUAUUUCUAUUUUGUAUAAAGUUGCAGUCAGUAACCAGAUAAUUAACUCACAGCACAAUAAAUGUUCAAAAUCUGUUUGCAUUUCCACUGUGUUGUGAAUCUUUGUUUGCUGAACGUGGCCGUGUGUUUUGUGUAAGCAAUAUAUCUAAGGAUCUGGAUUUUGUUUGAGCUACAUAUAUGCCUGUAAGUAGCC